UUUUACUGCCUCAAUUUCCACAACACGGUUUUAUGAACCGACUCUUUAGAGAAGCUGAGUUCAAUCACAGCGGGUGUGUGUCACAGUUUAUGGGAUGUUCCACUGUGACAGAGGAGGGGAGGCGGGGGAGAGAGAUGGAGUAAAACUGAGCUGCAUCAGUCUGACUGCAUUAGUUCAGUCUGGACUACAGAGAGCUCUUCUUCUGCUCUCGUCUGGAUUUAAUUCAACAGAAGAAGUCGGACAAACAAGAAGAUUUCUUCUAAACCUGAAAUCAUCAAAUGUAUUCGUAAACAUGGCGUUCGCUGCUUAGGGUCCGAACCACCAGAUACCUCUGGAGCCUCUAACUCUGCUGGGAAGUUGUUAAAGGAUAUGUACGUUGCACACGGCUGAUUCGUCCAUAGCAGCCGGGUCCAAUCUGGGUCCUUUUUUUAAAGCUAAAAAAAAGUUCUUAAAGUUCUGUAAACUCUUUAAAGUUCGCCCUAGAUUCACACUGGGUUCAGGAACUGGCAGCAGGUUCAGGGAUGUUUUCUGCAGUUGUAAAGAUGGAUUCAGAAAAGGGUUCUGGAAACAAAGCCGCUUCCCGAUGUCCCUCCAUACCCGGUGUGUUUUUCUUGCUACUUCUCACCUGGUGUUUGACAUUCAUCCCCCCCGUUGGAUCCCAAAGAACCGUCUCAUCAGAACUUUCAGACCGCCGUGUUACCGACCCGCCUCAUAGAGAUCCAAAUCUGCUCCAGGAAACCGCCAUCAAACCCCCGACCCUGCUGGAGAAAGCAAAACCAAAUCACAACAAGCUGAAACACAAGCACGAGAGAAAGCCGCCAUCCAACGCCUCGUUGUCAUCGCGGAGGCGCCCGCCGACGCCCCCCAGCUGCCUGCAGGCCACCUCCAUCAACACCGCCUUCAAGUACAUCAACACGGUGCUGUCCUGCGUGAUCUUUGCCGUGGGGAUCAUCGGGAACGCCACGCUGCUGAGGAUCAUCUACCAGAACAAAAGCAUGAGGACCGGACCCAACGCGCUGAUUGCCAGCCUGGCUCUGGGAGACCUGAUCUACAUCGCCAUCGAUAAACCCAUCAACGUGUACAAGCUGCUGGCGAUGACCUGGCCGUUUGCAGACAGUGUGUUGGGUCUGUUCCUCUGCAAGCUGCUCCCCUUCCUGCAGAAAGCUUCAGUCGGCAUCACCGUGCUCAACCUGUGUGCUCUGAGUGUGGACAGGUACCGCGCCGUGGCCUCCUGGUCUCGGGUGCAGGGGACCAGCGUUCCCACGGUAACGGUGGUUGAGAUCGUGGGCAUCUGGCUGCUGUCGGCGCUGCUCGCCGUGCCCGAGGCCGUCGGCUUCGACAUGGUGACCUUCGAGUACAAGAACGUUACCAUGACGACAUGCAUGCUGCAGCCCAGGACCCCCUUCAUGACCUUCUAUAGAGACGCGAAGGACUGGUGGCUCUUUGGGUUUUACUUCUGCGUUCCUCUGACCUGCUCGGCUGUUUUCUACGGACUGAUGACCUGCGAGAUGCUGCGGCACCAGAAGGGAAGCCUGAGGAUCGCACUGAGUGAACACCUGAAACAGCGUAGAGAAGUUGCUAAAGCUGUUUUCUGUCUGGUUCUGAUCUUCGCUCUCUGCUGGUUCCCUCUCCAUUUGAGCCGCCUGCUGAAGAGAACCGCCUACAAAUCCCAUGAUGCACAGCGCUGCGAACUGCUAAACCUCCUGUUGGUGCUCGACUACUUCAGCAUCAACAUGGCGACCAUCAACUCCUGCAUCAAUCCCAUCAUCCUCUUCUUCGUCUCCAAGAAGUUCAAAAACUGCUUCAAGCACGCUGCCUCUGCACCACGGGACCAGCCUGCAGUACAAACACACUGACCACUGAGAGCCCCUUUCUCCCACUGCACCUGAACUCAGCACCACAUACAUUCUGUAUAAAGGAAUAGCACUAUAUCGAUCCUCUAAUGUUUAGGUUAUACCUUUUGUUGUGUAUUUAUUCAGGUUUUUACAUAUUAUAUUUUUGUUAUAGACUCAUUAUUGUAAUAAUAUAUGGAAAAACGUACGUGAACAUUUAUUUAUUAUAUUUAUAUUUUAAGAUAAAUGUAAUAAAUAAUAUUAAUCAUCACGACUAAAGAUCAUGUGUUAAUAUAUCUAAUGUCUUUUAAUAAAAUUAAUUGGAGCAUUUUGAUUGUAUUUAUACGUUGUUUCACCAAAACUGUAUGAAAGGGAAAACAUGAAAUAAUACAUUUCAAUAUUCCAAAGUUUUUAUUGCACAUCAUUUAACACAUAAUACGUUUAAAAGUAGAAAUAAACUAUUCUAAAAUAUAAACAUCUCAAAAUACAAAUAAAUCAGAAAUAGAGAAAGCUAUAUAUAUUUUCUAAUUCCAGUUUAUUUUUAUUUUGAGAUGAGAAAUAAAAAUAAACCGGAAUUAGAAAAUAUAUAUACUUUCUCUAUUUCGGGUUUAUUGCACAGAGCUUUUGGCAGGUCUUGAGUGUUGUCCAUCACAACUUGUCCCUCAGUGAUGAUCUUCAGCGGGGCUGGACUGUGGUGCAGAGAAGAGGAGGGCACAGCACCUUCAUCUCAACCAGGAGGGUCCCAACGCCAAUGCGGCGGAACGAGUCCUCAUCAGAGUCCUGAAACGAGAGCAACACAGCGCACCAUCAGGACCCGUUUCAUUUAAUAACCAUGAACAAUGUGAAGCAGUGUAUUCCUGAGAGGGUCACACACAUGAGGAAGGUGCGAUUGGUUCUGCUGGAAUAGAGAAACCAAACCGAUCACUCAGAGAGGUCAGAGACUGCUAUCAGUGCUGACCCGGAAAUAAAUGAUACUGACAGAUGUUCUUCAUUCUGUCAAAGCUUGCCUCAGUAUAAGGCUGUCAGGAAUAUGCAGAUGUUUUACUGACAUUUCAGAUGUUUUUCCAGUGAGAUAUUAAUGAAUGUCUUCAAUGACUGAUACUGGUACCGUUCUUCUGUUGCUGCUCUAGAGUCCCUGCAGGUACAGCUGCUAGAGGAGGGCUGCUCUGUCUCAGCCAGCAGCACUUUAGAAGAAUCUGCCACAUUUAAAAAUAAGAGGCAAACUAAGCUACUCAGUGAAGACUAUACGGUCUCGUUUGUAACGAUUUCGCCAAUAUUUAUCGGCCAGAACUAACUGCACGAGUGCUAAGUGGAACAAUCUCAAUCUGUAAUUGUAUACAACUACGCUCUCAGGGUUCACCAGGGAGAGGAACUAACACAUGAUGGUGAAAAUGCAAUACCCCCCAUGGUCCUUUCAGAUGCUCUUUGAGAAGGUAAGAGGUUACAAAGCCUGCUCUGUGGUUACACAAGUUACACAGCUGGAACAUCCGAAAAGGUUUAGCUCAACAACUCAAACACCUCAUGACGUUCUCCUCUGAACAUUCAAAGUUACUGUUGUAAAUGUGACAAAUCACUCAUGUGCAGCCUUAGGAAAACACCCUUUCGAUCGGUUUGGUUACCAUAUGAACAGACGUUAAGUAAUGUUAAGUAAGUUCUCUUGGCUCUAAAGCUUAACUUACUGUGACCAGAUUAUUGAUCUGAUUAUUUUAUGUAUUUCUUAAAUGGAGAAGCGUUUCUAAGUUGGCUCAUCAUCCCAACAUGUUCUCUUGUUAGUCUCCACUCAUAGAAGUAGAAGCAGUGCUCCCUCUAUGAAAGCCCUGCUGGUUAAUAAACAAAUGACACUGAGAGUAAUUUAGAGGAACAAACAAGUAAACUAAGGCAGACACAGCGACAGGAAGCAGAGGGUCAGCUGCUGCUGGUUUCCAGCCUCAACAGGACUCUUUAUUGGAGGCUGUGCAGAGAAUAGAUCAGAUUCAGAUUGGUUCUGCAGGGUUAGUGCUGAUGCCUUUUGGUUCUGGUCCUGUCUCUAGAGUUCAUGAGGUUUAAACAUGAGUCAGCAAUAUUUAAAGGUGGCUUUUUUUAUUGAGCAUAUCCAACAGAUUGAGGAACUUUUCAAUUUCAUAUUUCUGCACACAAAAGGUAAAGGUGUGAAAUCACAGCUGGGGUCUGUUCUUCAAUCUGUGGAGUUAAGUUGUUUUGAAUUGUUGUUUAUUUAUAACUUGUUGUUUUUCAUUUCUGCUGUUUAUUUACCUUUGUUUCACAUUUGUUGUUUUACAUCAAUGUUUAAAUGUUUCUUAUUUCUUACAUGUAUCAUAUUUACAUCCUAACUUCUAAUUUGUUGUUGUUUUUAUUGUAUGUAUUUUU